AUGCUGAUCAGCAAGACCAACAUGGUCUUCAAGAUUGGCAUCGUGGGCGCCGGUCCAGCUGGCACCAUUCUUGCCCGCCUCUUGCAACAAUCAUCGCAAGACAUCACCGUGACCAUCUUCGAGAGCGAAGGCAGCAUCAACUUCCGCUCCCAAGGCGGCACCCUCGACUUACACCAAAAGACCGGCUUGGCUGCCAUCAAGAAAGCCAAUCUCUACGAUGCCUUCCUCAAGCAUGCAAGAUACGACGGCGAGGCAAUGAAAAUCGCCGACAAGAAGAUGCUCUGCUACGUCCACCAAGGCCCCUCCACCGAGGCUUCUGGAGGUCGUCCCGAGAUCGAUCGGCCAAAGCUUCGAGAACUCCUCUACGACAGUCUCCCGACCGGUACCGUGCAAUGGAACAAGAAACUGCUCUCCGUCGAACGCUCCUGGACAAACCCAUCAAACCUCAUCCUCGCUUUCGCCGACGGCACAACUCAGUCUGGCUACCAUCUCAUCGUCGGCGCAGACGGCGCCUGGUCCAAGACUCGCACUCUCCUCACAGAUGCCAAACCCUACUACUCCGGCAUAGGCGGCCAUGCCUUCUCCAUCCCCGACGCUAAGAGGAAACACCCCGAAUUGUACAAGCUCGUCAAUCGCGGCAGCGUCUUUGCCUUCUCCGACGGAAAAUCCAUCAUGGGCCAACAAAUGGGCGACGGAAGCAUCAACGUCGGUACGUGGGCCGUCCGCCCUACAGACUGGCAGACAACCUGCGGCUACGACGUCCACGACGGUCCAUCCGUGAAGGCGGCCUGUGCGAAGGAAUACGCAGAUUGGGACCCCCGACUCGUUGCCCUCACGCAGACAGGAGACGACGACAAGAUCGCUCCACGAGACCUCUUCAUGCUUCCCAUCGGCCAGUCGUGGGAACACGUCCCCGGCGUCACCUUAAUCGGGGACGCAGCACACGUCAUGACCCCGUUCGCCGGCGAGGGAGUCAAUCUCGCAUUCCAAGAUGCGCUCAAACUCUCGGAAGCAAUCAUCUCCGCUGCUACCUCGAGCGAUACAUCAUCACUGGACGCGAAGAUCCAGGAGUUCGAACGCGACAUGUUCCAGCGCAUGACGGAGACGCAGCAACUCACCUACGACAUGAUGAAUGCCAUGUACUACACCCCCGGCGCGCCCAGGAGUACCAUUGAGAAGUAUGUCGUGAGGGCCGUCGAGGGCGAAAUGGGGCCUUGGGUAACGAGUCUGCUUCUCAAGCCGAUUGUGUACGCGUGGUUCUUCGUCUUCAAGUUGAUUUGGUGA